AUGAAAAUUCUCAGGAAAAAGCAUAAGAGUUUUGUAGAUCUUCUCCGUUUCAGUUCUGGGUUUGGUUGGGAUGCAGACACGAAGAACUUCACUGCUCCAAAUGAAAUAUGGGAAGAAUAUUUGAAGGGUCAUAAAAAACAUAAAUACUUACGUGAUGAUACAUUUGAAGAUUUUGAAGACCUAGAGAAGAUAUGUGGAAAAAAUAUUGCAAAAGGAAAUAAUACAGUUGGCUUAGGCGAUACUACAGAUGCCCGCACUUAUACAACAGGAGAUAAUGAAUGGGAAUAUCAAGGAGGAUCUCCUCAAAUGAUCGGAGAUCACGAGGAUGAUGAUGAUGAUACUGAUGGUAUAGAACAAGCUCCAUCUUUGAGACAGAAGAAUGUGAUAGAAAAGCUCCCCAUAAGAAAGAGAGCUAGGACUGAAGUAUAUACUGUGGAGAAAAUUUCUGAGGAGAUAAGUGCUGUUACUGGAACAACCAACCAAAUAGUCAGUAUGAUACAACAAAGAUGGCAAAAAGAAGCUGAAGAAAAAGAAGCUGAGGAAAAAGUUGGUACUGUGUGGGAUGCUAUUAAGGAAAAUCAUGAUUUAGAAGAGAAUGACCGUUUUGAUGCGAUGGACUUAGUUCACCAGUCUGGAAUGAAAGUUUCAUUCAUAAGUAUGACUAAGGAGGAACGUUUUAGAUGGAUUAAACGUAGUUUACGUAAGCCAUGA